AUGUUAUAGCAAGAAAAAAUUAAUCUUAGAGAGGAGAAAAGGAAGAAAGUAAGACAUGAUAAAUUUAAAAGAAAAGUCUAAUUUCUUUAAUUAGUACUUUGCCAAAACUAGACUAUAAAAGAUGCAGCCGCAAUAAGUAAAGUCAAUUUUUCCACAGCGAAAUUAGUUCUCAAAAACUUUCGAUAAUUUGGAUACAUAAAAAACACAGAUAAGGGUAUGUUUUUCAUGUUUAUGAAAGAUUAUGGGGAGUAACUUGAGUUGCUUAAACAAAUAUCAUCUAUCAAAUCUGAAAUCAAGUAAGAGAAAAUAGAGAAGAGAGAAAAGGAGUUUAGAAUACUCAGCGAUAAAAUAAAAUCAAUAUAACCUGCCUUUCGAAAAAAAUAAUUUUAAAGUGAAAAGGAAAUUAAUUCUAAACUUGAACACUGUUAACAAGAGCUUGAAAAUCUCAAAAAGAUAUAAUUCGUUUUGGUUACAUCUGUACUUUAAGAAUAAAUAAAAUUAAUGAAGUCAAGUCAUAGAUGUAUUUGA